UCUGAAUUGCAAAUGCUAUUAGGUUUUGCUUUAAGAAAUAAAACUGGAAGGAAAACUGAAUUGCAACAACGAGCUAUUGAUCUUUUGCGUGUUCGAUCUCAUCCUAUUCAGCAGAAAAUCAGAGAUUUAUACAAAACAAUACAUGUUGGAAACACAUUUAUGUGAUGACCAGUGAUAGCAGCCCUUUCAUGGGUAUUUUAUCACGGAGAAAAUUCUUGCUUGGAAAGUUUGGUAAGAUAUAUUACUAAUCAAGGCAAUAGUCGAAAUAUGUCACGUCCAUCGAGGGCUGCAAAGGCAGAGUGCCUCAGGAAAAUGACUGACACUUUUCAAGUUGAGCACUCAGGAGUAAUGCCAUACUCAUCUCUGCAACAUGCAGCUGAAAUGAUUCAACAAAGAGAGCAACAUCUAGCACGCCAACAAGCAACCCAGAGACAAGCUACUAAAACUACACAGCAGGGGAAGGUUUUUUUGGGAAAUACAAGACAAUAUGGAACUCAGGAACUGCCAACCAAGAACAAGCAAUUGAAUAGGGGUCAAACAAUAAGGCAAAACGGAGCUUUAAAUAGCGCACCUACCGCAUCUUCACCUGGAGCUACCGAAUUAGGAAACGGCAACAUGCCCCAGCAACAAGGAGGUGUACCCCGCACAACAGCUACAGUACAUCCUUACGUUAAUAAUCAGCUUGCAUCUCGCCAGCCACCUAUUUAUAAUCAAACUUAUCUCACACAAUAUGCACCACAGUACACCCAAAGACCUCAGCAAGGCAUAAUCAAUGCCAACUACCCAAUACAUCCAGAUGUGAAGUUCAAAAGACUGCCAUUUUUUGAUGUCAUUAGCGAGCUCUUGAAGCCGUCUACUCUCAUUCCCCAAACUACCCAAAGAAUGCAGGAGGGCAACUUCUAUUUCCACCUGACCCCUCAACAGGCAACUGAUAUAGCAGUGUCCAGGGACAUAAGGCCCGGAGUGAAAAUAGAUUAUGUGAAACAAGUACAAAUGAGAUUCUGCCUUCUUGAGACAACUUGUGAACAAGAAGAUUUCUUUCCCCCAAGUAUUGCUGUUAAAGUCAACAAUAAACACACUCAAUUACCUAACCCCAUCCCUACAAACAAACCAGGCGUUGAGCCAAAAAGGCCACCGAAACCUGUAAAUAUUACUUCCCUUGUGAAAUUGAGUCCAACAGUUCCUAAUCAAAUAUCGGUGUCCUGGGCAGCAGAAUAUGGUAGAGGUUAUGCAAUAACGGUUGCAUUGGUCCAUAAGUUGACUUCCCAUGAUCUCUUGAUGAGGUUGAAACAGAAAGGAGCCAAACAUUCAGAUUAUACAAGAGGAUUGAUAAAGGAAAAACUGAACGACGACGACAGUGAAAUAGCCACCACCUCAUUGAAAGUUUCUUUGAUGUGCCCUCUGGGUAAAAUGAGAAUGACGACACCCUGUCGUCCAAUUACAUGUUCCCACUUCCAAUGCUUCGAUGCUCAUCUCUUCCUGCAGAUGAACGAAAGAAAACCAACUUGGAUUUGUCCGGUUUGUGAUAAGCCCGCACUUUAUGACAAUUUAGUAAUUGAUGGAUAUUUCCAAGAUGUAUUAACGUCGAAUAGUUUGCCUUCGGAUGUGAAUGAGAUACAGCUCCAUAAGGACGGAUCGUGGAGUACUCAAAGUAAUGAAAAGAAAUCUCAGAAAAUUGAUAAGACGCCUGAUGUUGAUGUUUCUAUUGAAAUAAUCAAUGAUGAUGUUGAAUAUGUGAGUUCCAACGUUACCACCACAUCUUCUACAGAACCCGUCAAGGAAUUAAAGGAAGAACCUAAAAAAGAUGUUGUAGAUUUAACUUUGUCAGAUUCUGAUGACGAUGAACCGUUGGCAAAAAGACGUGCUGUAAAUCCAAAACCAGAUUCGACUAUUAAAUUCUCAGAUACGACCAGUAUUUCGUCAAAUAGCAACCAAUCCCGCAUGACGACGACACCUGGCCCAUCAUCGGUGUCUAGUUCUGGAUAUCCAGCAAGUCCGGCGAUAAUAACACUGGACAGUCCCUCUCCUCCAAGAUCACCGCAAGCAUCUUCACAAAACCAACAGGCUUCUUCAUGUAUGAUGCAGUCUACUAACGGUACAUUAAAUCAGCAAACAUCAAUGUAUAAUCAACACAUGCCAUUUCUAGAUCUCGAAGGGGAAACAAACAACACAAAUGUAAAUACUUAUCAUCAGUUUUGAGCUGAGUUACAAGAGUGAGAACCGUUUUUUAUGACCAAUGGAUAAUUGAACGUGAAGUGAAAAGAAAAAACCUAAGUCUUAAGUGUACAGUAUCUUGAACUAGUUUAUUAUAGACUAAAUUAUUUUAUUAGUCUUUGAUGGUUCAUAAUUUUAUACAGUUCCCAGUUAUCAUUCCACAUUGUAGAAGGAAAAUGAAAAAUUUGAAUCGAAAUUUUUCUUCUAUAGGCAAUUAGAAUACCAAUGAAGACCAAAAUGUUCUGAUUAUCUUUACUUUUAAUAUUUCCUUCAUGUGACCAAGUUGAAAAGUUUCUUAAACAUAUUUAAAAUAUGUUUGGAUUUGUAGAAAUUUAUUCAAUUCCACGUUUAGCAUUACAUGUCGUGAAACUAUAAAAUAUGUAAAGAAAAUUAACUAUAGAGCAACUUCUAUCAUUUAAUAGAUUGAAAUUUGCCCAGAAUGUGUCUGGUUGGAAAAACGUUGAUGACAUUUUUAUAGUGGGUGAAGAGUGUCUGUCAUAUUUGCAAGAACUGAAAUCUCCUGACAGAUCUGCUGAAAUUGUGUACUUUUUUUUAAAUGAAUCAGAUUUUGAUCAUCAAUUAAGAGAAAGAAUUAUAGUUAUUUUUGCUGGCUCAUGUAAUAUUCGAAAUUGAUUAAGUUCUAGCCUUCUCAUCUUUUGAAAAUUAGUUUGUAUACUAUUUCCUAUUUAAUGACAUGAGUAGAUUUAUAUGUUGGGGUGUAAAAAAAUGAUCGGGUCAUGAGCGAUUUUUGUAUAGAACAAAAUGAUUAAUGUUUGUACUUGUUACUUAAAAUAAAAUUGGUUUUGCACUA